CGCACGGUUUCCGGCGGGCCGUGCUGAUGGCGUCUGGGCUGCAGAGGGAGCAGAGCCGGGAGCAGCGAGAGCAGGAACAGCGGGAGGCGCUGCUGGCCCAGGUCAAAAUUAAUUAUGAAAAGGAGAAGUGCAAGCUGCUAAAACAUCCACAAGGUGAAGAUAUGUGGAUGCUUGCUGAUAUGAAUGAACGUGUGGAACAACUGGAAAAGGAACAUUCUGUACAGAAAAAAAAGAAAAAGGAUAAGCAUUCAAAAAAAGCUAAGAAAGAAAAGAAGAAAAGUAAGAAACAAAAAUCUGAAAAGAAGGAUGACUUAUCUGAUAGUUCUUCGGAUUCUUCAGUUGAAUGGGUUGAGUCAAAUGUGUCACAGUCAGAUGACACAGAAAAGGCUGGGAAGGUCAACAAGCAACCAGAUGCUGUGAAAGAACCCUCACUGCAGAGAGAAGAAUGGAUGAAUUUAGACUUCAUGUCAUUGAAAACAACAUCAGUAGCAGCUGUCAAAGGUGAAAGACACAAAGAAAAGGUAUUGGAACGACAGAAAGCUCAAGAACUUCAGCAGGCCAUGCUGUCUGAGAGAGAACUUAAUCCCUAUUGGAAAGAUGGUGGUACAGGUUUGCCACCAGAGAAGGAUGAAGAAGCUUCAGUUAAGAAAGUUACAGUGGUAGAAGACGCUGGAUUAAGUUGGCUGCGAAAAUCAUACCAAAGGAUGAAAGAGCAGGCUGAGAGAGAGAAACGAAAUUUUGAGGAAAUUGUAGCUGAGAGAUAUGGGUCAGUGGAGAUAUUUCAGUCACGAUUAGAAGAAGCUGAAAAAGCUGCAUCCAGAAAGGAAAAUUAUCAAAGAAGUGGAAGGUGGAGGAAAACUGACUAUUCAGAAAGUGAGAGAGAGAAGAAAGAACAGCAUAUUGAAAAGACGACACGAGAUGAAGAUGAUAGAAACAGGAACACGUUUGGGGGCCAUACUAGGGAGAAGGAUGGCAAGGGAUGGGCACAAGAGGACAAAGAUUACAAAAGAGGUAUGUCAAGAAGAGACCAAGAAUGUGGACACAGGAGCAUGGACUCCUUAUUAAGGGGUUGCAGCUCCAAAGGAGAAAAAUACUCCAGUGAAAAACGAAAUCAGGAAAAGGGUUCAUCUUUAAGCAAUAUGAAACACAAAUUUUUGAAACCCUCUGAAGAUGAUUCAUCAUCUUACAGUGCACCUAGACACUACAAGUCAGAGCAGUCCUCUUCCAAACUGCCUGUUCAUAGCUCUUUGAGCAGCCGUUUCCAGAAACCUGAAGAGGAUACUGCCGUGUGGACCAAAACACACCGUGAAGAUAACAAUGAGAAAUUACUAUCUGAUCAAAAAUCAUCAGGUACUAGGGAACAAACUGAUGGCAAUAGUUGGGAAAGAACUCCAAGUGAUGAAAAAGAGAAGUUGCGACAGGAGUACCCAAGCGAUAUCUCUGAGAAGAAACAGACGUUAUCUGACAGUAAAACAUCAUGCUCUAGAUCAUCAAAGGAUGAGCCGCCUCUGGUCCUUAGUGAAGAGGAGAUGAACAGACUGGGAGCGAGGAUUGUGAAAGCAGAACUCAUGGGAGACAUGGAACUGGCUUCAAAACUUCAGGCAGAACUUGACCAUGCUCGCAAGUUGAGAGAGACUCAAAGACAGAUUCCAGCAAAGGCUGGCAAAGAGGCUUCAAGCCGUCAAGAAGAUGAACAAGUGGUCCUUGUCAGAACAGAUGAGAGUGGAAUGGCAUGGCCUGUGACUGGACCAGCUGAGCCAAAAGAGGCAAAAGGAGGACGGAGAAAGCGACAGAUGGUCCCUACUCAUGUAGAUAAAGAGAGAGUACGGUAUUUUCAGGAUGAUGAUAAUACGGACCUGAAGGAUUUGGUCAAAAAUGAGAAGAUGAGGACAGCAGAGGAUCAAAACUCGCUGUUCAUGCGUAUGGCAUCAAAGCUCAUGGAAAAAACUGACAGAGACUACUACACUCUGGAUGACAUGUUUGUUUCCAAAGCAGCCAAAAGAGCAUGUAGUGGGGAAGAGGAAGAAAUACAAAGAAGAAAAGCAAUACAGGAGCACCAGCAGCUUGCUGCACGCAUGGAAAAGUGCCCAUAUUGUUUUGAUAGCAGUGCACUUUCUAAACAUCUUAUUAUUGCAAUUGGCACCAAGGUGUACUUGUCUCUACCAAGCAACCAGUCCCUUACUGAAGGUCACUGCCUGAUAGCCCCUCUACAGCACCAUACUGCAGCCACUCUUUUGGAUGAAGACAUCUGGGAAGAAAUCCAGAUGUUCCGAAAUGCAUUGGUGAAAAUGUUUGAAGCUAAGGACUUGGACUGUGUGUUCCUAGAAACAAACAUGAGUAUGAAGAAACGAUAUCAUAUGGUAUAUGAAUGCAUUCCUCUUCCAAAAGAAGUAGGAGAUAUGGCUCCAAUCUACUUUAAGAAAGCUAUAAUGGAGUCUGAUGAAGAGUGGUCUAUGAACAAGAAGUUAAUUGAUCUUUCUUCAAAAGACAUUCGGAAAUCUGUUCCUAAAGGAUUACCAUACUUUUCUGUGGACUUUGGCCUUCAAGGAGGAUUUGCUCAUGUGAUUGAAGAUCAACACAAUUUCCCUCAUUACUUUGGGAAGGAAAUUAUUGGUGGCAUGCUGGACUUGGAACCGCGGCUCUGGAGAAAAGGAAUCAGACAGAACUUUGAAGAACAGAGGAAGAAGGUGUUGCAGUUCGCACAGUGGUGGAAACCAUAUGACUUUACCAAAAAGAAAGAAUGAGAACAACCCUGCAGUCAAGAACUAUAUAAGCCAUAAAUGACCUUAAUGGAUACUUUGUAUGUUAAGAAUAACACCAAUGUGUUAUGUAUUGCUAAUAGAUUUUAAAACAUAGGAUAAUGUUUAAUUGCUGAUUAUCUGUUUCUGGUUUGGACACUGUGGAUCACAUGAACCUGCAAGCUUGACAAACCAGAAUUGUACAGUGGGUUUAGUUUUUCCUUUUUCAGCUGAGACAAAAGAAUAAUAUCCAUGUGGCCAUUGGAGUUCUUAAAAAUGUAACUUUUACUUUUGCAGUUUUUACAAUCUUUGAGACAACUGAUAUUUUUUUAUAUUGUAUUUAGCCAGUGCUGAAUUAUCAUGGUGACCUUCUGUAGAAAAUGGUGUACAUUUUAAGAACAUUUUGAUUAAAACAAAUACAUUGUUGUGGAAGAAAACUGUACAGAAAAUGAUUUUCUGAUUCUGAGUCCUUGUGGUCUUUAAGUUGCAGUCAUAGCAGUAACAUAAACAUCACAAAGGAUGUGAUUGAUAAACCUGCUGCUGCCUCUCUGCAUGAGAAUUAUGGCAAUUUUUUGUAUGUUUUUUCAAACACAAAGGAUGAUGAGACAGUCCAUAGCUGGUGCUAAAUGACAACUUUAAUGGUAACAGUUACUUUUGAUAACAAUUAAAAAAACCAAAAAACAAAUGAGAAGGGUGGAAGAAUCUUAAGGGAAAACACUCUGCACUGACCAGCAAAGAAAACCAUCAUAGGGAUCAUCCCAGGUGACUCUUCUCUCCCUAGGCAUCCCAUCUAGUGCUACAGAUGGUUUGCAAUAGUAGUUUGCCAUAGUAGUUUUCAUCAGGACCUGCUCAAACUCCCUGCUGGUUUUCCUGCUUGUGAUGCUGUUAGUGCUGAUUGGAGCACACUCUGAUGAGAGGCAAGAGUUGCACUUUAAUUGAUUGUUAAGCAUGGAUGUCACUAGGAAAUGCCUGUCUACUAGUUAAAGGACCACUGUCCACUGUUUUAUUUGCUGGGUUUUGUUUUUUUCUUUUGUGUAAAUUUUAUGAAAUGGGGUAGGGAAGUAUGAGGGGGAAAAAGAAUGAUUCUUGCAUGACUGUCCACCAUUUUCCAUGGGAACCCUGACAUAGCACACUUGGGCUUUGCAGGUGCAGAGUUGGGAGAACAAGGAGAGCAGGAGACAAGGACAGAAGGUCAUAGAUAGAAAUAUUGCUACGGCGUCCUCGCAGUGCACCAGGGAAAGGGUGCAGACUUGUGAACAAAAGGCUGCAGUGCUAUGGGGAAAGGCUUCAACCAGCAGAUGGAAGGCCCUUGGCAUAGGAGAGCUUAAAGCAUUGUGCAAGUGUCUCAACAUGCUUCCUAUUCUUUUCCUACUGAACUAUUGCUCUCUACAGCUCUCUUAACUAUUGUGAGAUUGUGAGCUGCUCAGAUUAAUAAAUGAAUCACUGAAUGUUAAA